AUGUCAAACUUCGUGGAGGAGAGUGUGAACCAGGUCAAUGAUAUGAAUACGGGAGUAGAUGUCGACCCUGUUCUAAACGGAGUACGAAAUAGAGAUAGAAAUUUUCAGAGAAACUCAAGAGUAUACAAACAUAGCCAAAAUAAUAGAAGCGAAAUGAGUAAUUUGUACUCCUACAGUAGUUCAUACCAGAAUCAACAGUACAGUAAUAAUUGGAGCGAAAAUGUACAGUUUGAUCAGCCUAGACUAUCAAGCUACUCUAGUAACUAUCAAACAACCUACCCAACGAAUACGAGUACAUACCCAGCAAACACCUCUAGUUAUCCAGCUACCAAUACCACCUACCCCUCAAACACAACUAGUUACCCAGCUAACACAAGCAGUAAUAGCAGUUAUGUCCACGCUUAUUCGGGUACAAUGCCACUUGUAGGUGAUAAUAGGAUGAGUGUAAACGGUAAUAUGCCUACAGCAGUGCCGAUGAACACCUCCCAGGUGUUAGUUGAUCAAGCCUUGGACUCUUCGACCCUGGAGGAAAUUGCGUACUUUUUCACAUACAAGUAUUACUCGAUGCUCAACAACAACCCGACCUAUAUGUACAGCCUUUACUCAAAAGAAGCACAAUUGUCAAAGACCGAUGCUAGCGGUAACAGGGUUGUGGCAUCAGACCACAACGAGAUAAGGAAUUACUACCAGCAAUUUGUCAACUACGUCAUCACUUCCAACAUUCACAACAUUGAAAUUCAACUCGUUAGUUCACAUCCCCUUUUCCUCGUGCUUAUAACUGGCUCCUUCACACUUGCCAAUGAAAAAACUAACACUGAGCAGACUAAGCUUUUCGCUCAGACAGUGUUACUUUCUGGCGACGUCUCAAGGAGCAGGUACCACAUCAUCAACGAUUUAUUGACCGAGUUGAACACACUCAACACUCAUUCCACAACCACUCUUGUUCAUACCACCCAUUCAGUAACCACUCCUGAGCAGCCACAUGAUCUUAAAUCACAAGAUUAUCACCACGAUUCAUCCAGGAGUUUAAGAAAAGAUAGUAAGGAUGGAUUUAAGAUUGCAAUUUUCGGAAUACCUCCAAUGGUGACGGAGGUCAUAUUGACCGAAAUCAUAAACAAGAGACUCACACAGCUAAACUCAGACGGAAAGGUAGUGGACGUUGCAAUAAAGCCACAAAAGGUUAAUAGAAAGAGUAACGAGUCGCUACUAUACGCCUUUGUAGAACUAGACUCACCGGAAGCUGUGGAAACACUCUUGGCUAAUGAUCUUCAAAUCCAGGAUCGCAACAUAACACUAGAGCCGUACAAGAGAACCGAGAAAAAGAGAGAAUUUAAGCCCAAGAAUACGACCUCCAAUUAUUAA